UUUUAAAUUAUUUAUUGAGGCAAAUUGAAAUUUGAGGCUAUGAAUUUUGAAUAUGUUUUCAGGUUGCAUAGAUCUUUUGAUUGAUUUUGUUGAUCUCGCAUCGCAUGGAUAGAUUCUUGUUAACUGACAGACCCAGAUUGGGAUUUUGCUCCAGAGCCAAAAAUGAGAAGAUUUUGCAGGUUGUGAGAAGAGAUGGGAAAGCUUUAGAGUUCAACAGGCCAGUUCUGGUUAAGGAAAUCCUGGUGAACUUUCCUGGGGCAGGGAUAGGUUUAUCAGAGGAGGCUAAAGAGCAACUCCCACCAGAUUAUGAGCUUAAGGUAGGCGAUGUCUACCAUGUUAUUCCUUGUUCAUCAGCUUCUGCAAGUGCUGUGAAGAGGAUUAAAAUGGUCAUAACAAAGCAGCAGCUACAGCUGUUGUUGACAAAACAAGUUUCAUUGGAGCAAGUACUCGACAAGGGAAAUUUCGAUUAUGCAACAAGUUGGAAGCCCAAGCUUGAAUCCAUCCCUGAGGGAUGUGUCUGGUCCUAGACUCCUAGUGUUGGAAUUCCCGACUUAAGUUUGCUCUUUUGCCUGGCUGACAACGUUCAUUACAGAGAGGACAAAGAAAGACUUGUAAAUUCUAUAAUCUACUACUUUAGAUUCAUCUUCUUUGCACAUCCUGUUUUCUUUCUGCCGUUUUUAGGCUCUAGUUUUAUUUUUGCUCAAGAAAAAACAUAACAAAUAGUAUUUUCAUGCAAUUUUCAGUUAAUUAUUGCAAGUCAUGAUGUUAUUAGUUUCUCUCUAAAUUACAUUUCACCAACACCACAUAGUAAAUGGAUUUAUGGGGACAAAAGAAUAUUCAGGAGCCAAUAUAUGAAGAUGCUUAAUAGAUGGGGUAGGUGGCAGCAUUCUGGAUUAGGUGCAAAUGCUUAUAUAUACAACCAUUGUAAAGACUGACAACCCAGUUGAUGAACCUCAUACCAGAAUCUGACAGAUGUUAUAUAUUUGGUGGAGAUAAAUCUUCUUUGAUGAAAGAGAAGUCAACGACUUAGAAUCCGUCUUGUGUUUUUAUGUUUUAUGUUUGUUUGUUUAGUCUAUUUGGGUUCAUCUCAGGACAAAGUUAAUCAAUCUCAAUAUUUAUUUAUUUUUUUUUAUUGUUCUUGAGUCCAAGUGCUUACUUUUUUUUUUGGCUUCGAUUUAUAAU